ACGAAGCUGUAACACGUUUAUAGCCGGUCGUCGGCUGUAUUUAGGAUGUAGUGAUUCCCCCAUGACCGUAAUGGUAGCGACCACGUGACCCAGUUCCUGCGUGUGUAUCGAGCUAGCAGCCAUGAGCAUGCUCAGGCUCCAGAAACGCCUGGCAUCCAGCGUUCUGCGCUGUGGCAAGAAGAAGGUGUGGUUGGAUCCAAAUGAAACCAAUGAGAUUGCCAAUGCAAACUCCCGCCAGCAGGUCCGAAAACUGGUGAAGGAUGGAUUGAUCAUUAAGAAACCUGUGACGGUUCAUUCCCACGCUCGCUGCCGCAAGAACACAUUGGCACGCCGCAAGGGACGUCACAUGGGUUAUGGUAAGAGAAAGGGUACAGCCAAUGCUCGUAUGCCAGAAAAGUUGUCAUGGAUGCGGCGCAUGAGAAUCUUGCGUCGUCUUCUUCGCCGCUACAGGGAGUCCAAGAAAAUUGACAGGCACAUGUACCAUAGUCUCUACCUGAGGGCCAAAGGUAAUGUAUUUAAAAACAAGCGCAUCCUGAUGGAGCACAUUCAUAAACUGAAGGCUGAUAAGGCUCGCAAGAAGCUUUUAGCUGACCAGGCUGAGGCUCGUCGCACAAAGACAAAGGAGGCUCGUAAACGCAGAGAGGAGCGACUCCUGGCCAAGAAAGAAGAGAUCAUCAAGAACUUGUCAAAGGAAGAGGAGAGUGCAAAGAAAUAAAAUCCAAAUGAAAAAAGGAAAAUCUUUCAGGUUCAGCUUUUUGUUAAUAAAUCUGGCCAACAUAAA